AUGAUCCUGGUAGACAUCAUCUCCAUCAUCCUCCGCCUUGCGGAGCUUGCAUUCGCAACCAUCGUUGCCGCCCUUAACGGGCGCUUCCUGCACGCCGCUCGCGGCAAUUCACCAUGGGAUCUCGGCCGACACAUUUACACUGAAGUGGUGGCGGGUUUGUCCAUUCUCUUUGCCAUCGUCUGGCUGUUUCCCUUCUCGAGCUCGUUCAUCCACUGGCCCAUGGACCUGGUCAUUUCUGUUAUGUGGUUUGUGAGCUUUGGGCUGUUGGUAAAUUGGUUGCAUGGGGUUUGUGGAUAUGUAUUUGAUUGGGAUAAUGUUGGCUUUGAUGGUGUGGGCUGUGGUGAGUGGAAGGCUACGGUUGCUUUUGCCUUUCUUAGCGCCAUUUGUUGGCUUGUUAGUGCUUUGGUUGGUCUCUACUGGGUUCGUCGCCAUACCCCCGCCCCUGUUGAUGCUGGAUAUCGUCGCCGUCGUUGGUACCGUUCUCGCGUCUAA